AUCACUUCCAGGGCGGUCCCGGCUCUCGAUUUGAAAAUGCAGGAGCGGCUGCUGGUGCUGCUGUGCGCACUGGCGCGGCGCCGGCGGGGGAGAGGGCGGUCGGCUCCGGCCAUGGCCGGCGACGAAGCCUGGGCCUGGGACGGGCCGCAGCGGCGCGCGUGGCUCCGGCACUACUACAGCCAGCGGCAGAAGCGGCUCAUGACGCUUCUGAUUGCUCGACGGAGGAGAACCAGCUGCUACUUCUACCCCCGUGCUUGGCCUAGUGUCAGGAGCACAGACUGGUGGGAGCGUGUGGUCCUGAAGGAAUUUGGGCCCCAGGACUGGCUGGAGAAGUUUCGGAUGUCCAAGGAGACCUUCUUCUAUGUCUGCAACCAGCUGCAGCCUGGGAUGGCUGCGCACAGUUCCCACUUCCACCCCAGCCUGCCCCUGGAGAAGAGGGUGGCCGUGGCCCUGUGGCACUUGGCCAGCAACGUGGAGUACCAGACCCUCAGCCCACUCUUUGGCAUAGGGCCCUCCACAGUGCAGAUGUGUGUCCGGGAAGUGAGUUACACCAUUGUCCUGCUGCUGAAACCCCUCUACCUCCGGCUGCCCAACGAGAAGGAGCUGGAGAACAUGGUGCGCAUCUUCUGCACCCGCUGGGGCUUCCCGCACUGCAUUGGUGCCCUGGACAGCCUUCACAUUCCCAUCCACCCCCCGCUGCACCUCAGUGCUGACUACUGCAAUGGGCAGGGCUGGCACUCCAUCCUGACACAGGCUACUGUAGAUGGGCUGGGCCAGUUCUGGGAUGUCUCCACCGCCUUCCCUGGAAGCAUGGAGAACAGUGCCGUCCUGGAGAGCUCCAGCCUGUGGGUGCUGGCCAAGGAGGGACGGCUGUGCCCCAACCCUCCCAAGCACUUCAUGGGGAAGGCACAGAAGUAUGUGCUGCUGGGUGAUGCCACCUACCCCUUGCAAGACUGGAUCCUGAAGCCCUACCAGGAGGAUGAGACCCUCACCCAGCGACAGCUGCAGUUCAACUACCGCCUGAAGCGGGCACACAGUGUGAUUGAGAAUGCCUUCCUGCGCCUAAAGGCACGCUGGCAGAUCCUCCUGAAGUGUGAUGACUGCAGCCUGGAGCUGCUGCCCACCCUUGUCCUCGCUUGCUGCAUCCUGCACAACAUCUGCGAAGCCCAUGACAACCCAUUCAAUGAGGAGUGGCUGGAGGGCACCGAGCCAACGGAGCUCCCCAAGCCCUGCCAGCCCGCACCUGCUGCCAUGGAGGAUGGCCAGGCUGAGCAGGUGCGCGAGCUGAUGUGCCAGUACUUCGAGAGCUGUGGGGAGGGCUGAUGAAGCCAGAGGGUGAAGCAGCCUUGCACAUCCUUGUUCACAGGCUUCCCAUGGACUUUGGCAUACAUAGUCCCAUGGGUCUUGGGCUGUUCAGCCUCUCUUCUCUGCUGAAGGCUGCUGGCUGCACCAUCCCUUUUUGGAGUGGGGAGGGGUUGGCUGCAUCCACACUUACACUGGUUUUGCCAGGUGGGUUUAGGCAAUGGAAUGUAUUUUGUGCCCUUGAGCUCUUCAAGGAGUUGAUCAGUCUAGUGAUGUGUUGUGUGCCACAUGAGUAAAGCAGGGAUUGAGG